ACCGGAGAAAAAAAAAAAACGACAGGGAGUUACCUCAGCGCUUUCCGAGGUAUGAGAUUGGGUCAUUUACCACCCUGCUCCCUUAUCUAUUAAAGGAGGAAAUCACGAAUUUUACGAAAGCGGUGGAAAACGGACAGAAACACGGGCAAACCUGGAGAACUGGCCCAGGAGAAAACGUCGGAUAGCUCCUUUUUCUCCUUCUCCCGGCGGAUCAGUCGGAAUCUGAGGGGCGUGCACGCGCGCAUGCGUGUGUGUUUACAAGUGUUUGAACUAGAGCCAGAAACGAGGGAAGGAGGAUAAAACCCCAAGGAAAGAGGGAUGGUGGACAACUCCAGCAGUAGCAAGGCGCAAAUGCCAAGCAUGUCUCAGGAGCCCAGUGUGGCUUUUCCACAGAGCACCUCUACAGGGGGAAUGAAGCUGGAGGCAGUGAUGGAGCAGCUCCAGCGCCAGCAGCAGGCCCGUCUGGAAAUGGAGAGGAAGGAACGGAAGCUGCGAGAGGCCCACAUCAUGUACGCUCAGCAGGUUGCAGCCCAGCAGGCCAUUCUGGCUGCAGCCCGGGCUUCUGGGGCAAGCUUCAUGGGCAAAGGCAUGGCCGGAGGCGUUCCUGCGGCCGGCUUGCCUCCUCGGGUGUCCAAUCAGAGCAGCGUGGACUCGGAAAGAGAAGAGGAUGAGGACAGAGGCCGGGAUUCAGGGGAUGAGGAUGACGACAACGAGAUGAUGGAGGGGGACGAGGGCAGCGACGAGGAUGAGGGAAACGCCAGCGGCCUGGAGUUUCUCCGCAAGCAGACCCUGGCUCUGCAACAGAACGCCUCCCGCAUCCCAGCCCGUCCGUUCGCAGGCUACUCCAUGUCGGCCCCCCAGAGAGCUGCCUCCCCACCUGUUAGAGUGAAGCAGGAACCUGAUGAGGGCAUGUCCCCUGCAGGGCCAAACUUAUCUGCCUCUCCUAAUGGACAGGCCGACUGGGGAUUUGAUGACCACUUCAGACAGAAUGGCAGUGCUGGAUGGACAGAUGAGGCUGACAGUAACAGAGGAAGAGGAGAAGCAUCCAGAGACUUUGCUAAGCUGUAUGAGCUGGACAAUGAUCCGAAAAGGAAGGAAUUUUUGGAUGAUCUCUUUACCUUCAUGCAGAAACGAGGAACCCCGGUCAAUCGUAUUCCCAUCAUGGCCAAGCAGGUCCUGGAUCUGUACAUGCUCUACAAGCUGGUAACGGAGAAAGGCGGCCUUGUGGAGGUUAUCAACAAGAAGAUCUGGAGAGAAAUCACCAAGGGACUCAACCUGCCUACAUCCAUCACCAGCGCUGCUUUCACUCUGCGCACACAGUACAUGAAAUAUCUGUACCCGUAUGAGUGUGAGAGGAAAGGUCUCAGCUCCCCGGGCGAGCUGCAAGCCGCCAUCGACAGUAACCGGCGCGAGGGCCGUCGUCCUAGCUACAGCAGCAGCCUCUUCCGCUUCUCUCCUUCUCCAAGCACGGCGCCCCACAUCCUCUCUCCUCCCAAGAUGCAUCUGGCAGGCCUUGGCGCCGGGACCUCGGUCGCCCUCAAUGGCCUGCAGGCUUCUCCAGGACCCUCUCUGAAGAAAGAAGACCUGACCCCUGCGAUUAUGGCUGCAAGACCUCCCCUUGCGCUUUCUCUGGGUCAGCAGCAGGUGGCUGGUUUGGCGAGAGCCGCCACCCUGGAGCAGCUCAGAGAAAAACUGGAGACCAGCGGAGGCGGAGAGGGGCCAGAGAGAAAGAUGGCCCGCCUGGCAGAGGAGCAGCAGCGCCUCAUGCAGCAGGCUUUCCAACAUAACCUGCUGGCCAUGGCGUCCCAGAUGCCCAUGAAUCUGCGCUUGGGAGCUCCCACCAUCACCACCAGAGGUCAGCGCUGCCAAGAUGAGAAGCAGCAGGAUAUGUCUCUUAGCAUCUCCACCAAUGGGAAUGCCAGCAUCACUGUAUCUGUGGAGGUUAAUGGCACAAUCUACUCAGGAACCCUGUUUGCCCAGAAGUCUGGCGGGGCACCAGGGCCUGUUGUUGCUGCUAGUGCCGCCUCAUCAUCCCCUGCUGGACCCAGCUCAAGCUUUGGCUUCUCUGCUCCCCAGGCCCAGACCCUCAGCCCCACACCCUCCUCCACCUCCUCCUCCAAGGGCUCCGGCUCCGCUGAGCUGGCGCCCAGCAGUUCCCCCUAACUCGAGCUUUCCUUUGUACCCGCUCCCUAGGCCGCUGCUCCACAGCAAGGCCCCAGCAUGAAUAUACAGUACAAUGAGAAACCGAUAAGAAUAAGAAACUGUUGCACAACAAAUACCUCAACAACCCUGUCAACCUUUUGGCUGUCCAAUUAUGAACAUAGAGCCCCAGAAUAUUACAUAAACCCACUUCUCUGCAUUGAAUUCAUCACAUGCAUAGAUAUACACAAAUCAAAAUACACAAUCUACACACUCAUACACUUGUUAAUCCUAGUGUAGAUGCUAAACACAAUCAGCUCAGCCAAAACCCACUGACAGGCGUAUUCACAACUGAACUUGAAUAGUUUUAUUUUAGGACAUUUUGUUUGUUUUGUUGCCAUUUUGUUCUCUUUUUGAUUUUUGUUUUUUUAGAAUGACUUUUUCAGUUUUUCUCUUUUUACAUACCUCAAAUCAAGUAACCUGCAGUGGUGUCUUUACCUCAGGAGCUGUAGAAUAUUUAACCUGAAUCAACUUUAUUUUUGUAUUCUGUUUAAACUUGUUGCAAUCAGGGGAAGUCGGGUAUCUCUCACCAACACAACCUCAUGUACAGCGCACUCACCUCACAGCAAUAGGCCUCCAACCCAGGCCACUCAGGUCUGUAACACACUGUAGUGUUGAACUCAGACUGGUGAAUGAUAAAGAUGAUGCUGUAGAUCGGCAGAUUAAAUACCUCAUUUCACAACUACCCUCAGUAAAAGACCUUUACAACAGUAGGAAGCACUAACCUAUACACGAGCAUCUCAAUAAAUUCAAGUAUCUUUGAAAAUGUAAUUUGAUUCAAGAAUGGAAAUCCACCGCCUCAGUCAUGCAUUUCAAGUGUUAAUCUGUUAAUUUUAAUGAUUAGGGCUUACAGCUAAUGAAAACAAAAAACAUAUUUCAGUUUCUUAGAAAAAAUAAUUAUUUCAUGUACAAAUAUAGGCCUACUGUAAAAUAUGUUCACUCAAUACCUAGUUGAAGCUCCUUUCGCAGGAAUUACUCCCAUCAAUGCGACCUGACAGGGAGGUGAUCAGCCUGCGGCUCUGCUGGUCUCUAUUAUUGGAUCCCGUGUCUCUCAUCUUUUACGUAACGGCACCCUGGUGGGUCUCAGUGGAGUUCAGGUCAGGCCAGUUUGCUGGCCAUUCGAACCCAGUGAUACCAUGUUCAUUAAGGCACAUACUGGGACUUUGAAAAGGUACCAAGUCCUGCCAAGUUAAAAUUUCUUGGUAGAUGGCUUGUUCAUGUCCUGAAUAAGUCUUUGUGUGUCGGGGGAUCCUUCAGGCUGCCGUCUAUGCUUUGUUAAAUUCCCCCAAGUUUUUAAAUGGACAUUUUUUUACCUACUUCUGGUCUUCCCUAUGCUUAACAUUAUGCUGAAAUUCUGUACUGUGUUCACAGCCAGCUUCUUUAUCAAGAGCUUUUACUUUCCUAGCACAUUGCAAAAACACAAUAUCUAUUAGUAUUGGUCUAGUUUCUAGUGCAAAUAUAUUCAGUGUAUUUGAAAUGAUAUAAAACUAAGCUACCGGUAAUUUUUCAGCAAAAUAUUGGAGGCUGAUUUAAGUAAAUAACUUCUUUAUUUUUCCUGGCAGAUUAUUUCACUUAUAAUUGUUAUAAGUGAAAUAAUCUGCAUGUGGAACUAAUAAUUUAUUAUCAGUAUUAAAGAAUUAUUUACUUGAAACAAGCCAGGUGUCUUGAUGAAAAGUUACCUUUAAGUUUGUUUUGUUUUAUUGUACAUGUACUAAGAUAUUUGCACUAGAAACUUGGCCAAAAAUAAUUGGUAAGAUUUAGUUUUUUCACAAUGCAAGGCUGUUAGUAACUGUGCUGUAAGCAGUCUUCCCCAUUAUUAUGAUACGAUAACAUGAAAUAUCUGCACUAAAAGCUUUAUUAAUAGAUUUUAUUUAACGUUCUAAUUAUCUGAGAAACUGAAUUUUUGGGCUUCAUCCCUGCCCAUUAACCCCAAUCAUCAAAACUAACAGAAAGUAACUGCUUGAAAUAAAUUGAUUCUUUGUGUAAGAAAUCUACAUCACAUAAUUUUAACUUUUUUGAAUUGAGGCGCUGAAAUAAAUGUACUUUUUGAAUAUAUUUCUAUCUGUUGAGAUGCACUUUUAGUUCAGUUGCUCACAGGCCUGUUUUUAACGACUUAACGCACAAAGUUUGUGGGGGAACAGCAGCUCUUGUCCAUCAACAAGCCCAGUAGACCCUGAGCCCCUGUCUCUAGUCAGACCUACUGUGGCAUUCCAAACCCAGCUACACGGUCCCAUUUCGUCACCCCCACCCUGUAUUUUAGUUUGCAUCCUUCCACCUGACUGUCCAGUAGGACGGCGUCUUCAUCAGUAAGUAGUUCCCAGACCUCACACUGGCCUCUCUCUUCUGGAGGGCGUCUCUCUCAGGAAGCAAAGUGACAACCGCAAGGAAUCACUGAUAAUUUAAAGAAGAUUCAUUCGUGAAGAAUGCACAAGACUACGUGACUGUUUCGAAAAAGAAAAAAAAGAAAAUACCUCAUUAGACUCUCUGAAAGCGAGAGCAACACUACAUACCUCGGCUGUGAAGCCAAAUCCUGCCUGAACUGAAACUGAGAUGGAUGUACUGACACACUGCGGGUGGGUUUUGGGGAGAAAAAAAAUAUUAAAGAGUUGGGAGGGGUUUGCUUUCUUUCUGCUGUAUUUACUCAUAGACCCUGUUUCAUGCAUUCUUUUUUCCUGCUAUUUUUUC